AAAGACGAUCAGCUGAGAGAGAGACUUGACUGCGGGUGGGAGAUUCGGACCGAUCGCAUCGCUUCCGUCCCUUUUGCCAUUCGUUCGGUGUCUGUUGGAUCGUACAGAUCGGUUUUUUACUUUGGUGGAAACACGUCGAAAUCUCAGGUGUGGACCAGAUUGUACAAUUGUGCCUCUUGGAUAAACAUAUAGCCUGGGUUACCGGCAGCAAAAUGCGGAUACUUCACACUGGAAGCAUAGUUUUGCUCUGCCUGGCAUUGACGAUCGAUGCCCAAUGGUUCGGUAGUAGCAAAAAGAAGCAGGAAGAGGAUCCGAAUGUUUCACUCCUUUCGUAUGCACCCGUCGAUCCGAGCGUGACUCCAUCCGCAACGAUCGCCGCCCCUACCAGUACCACACCGAUUCCGUCGACAACGACCAAAAAAGGAUUCUUUGGCAAACUGUUUGGUGGAAGCUCGAAGAAUGAAGAAAAAACGACUACCACCACAACGACGACCACUACCACGACCACCGUAGCGACACCGACCACAAAGAAGCAAGGCUUCUUCAGUGGUUUGUUCGGUGGCAAAAAGGACAAAACAUCCACCACCACGGUUGCCCCAUCGACGACGGCUAAAUCGGUCACUACGGUAAAACCUGGUGUCACCACUGCAAAGGCAGCCGCUGUUCCAACGGCCGUUACUACCGCCAAAAGUCCGGUGUCCAUUGCGGGAGUUACAUCGACUACUGCAAAAUCUGUCCCGACUCCAUCCACUGGUGGAGCGUCAUCGACAACCACGACGACACCCAAAUCGAAGGAUGCCUUCCCAGCACUUCCGACAUCGCGCAGUGGAAGUCCCACACCCCCACCCGUACCGACAUCAACCGUUGCCAAUGCAUGGACCCGUACUCCACCGACCGUACAACCGGGAGGUAAACCUGGCGUUAGCUUUGUCCCAACCACACCCGGAACGCCCGGUGCCCAGAAGGCGAGCAGUACUCCAGCUUCAGCAAGUGCCGUUGGUGAUGGCCCGGCUACCGACGAUGAGCUGAUGGCACUGUCCGAGUUACUGUUCACUAAAGACUCCAACAGCCCGAGCAAGUUCGUUACGAUCAAUUAUCAGAAACAGACGUCGUCCUUCGUUAAUACCGAUGAGGCACCAAAUCCAUUCCUGACUGUGGAUGAGGCCAAGAUCUUCGCCAUUCCGACGAUCGAGAAGAUGCGUGCGCUCUUCAACAACUACGAGCUGGAUACGAUGACCAACGAGUAUGUGACGCCGCUAGAGAAGAAGGAGGAGAAUGACUUUGUCGAUGCACUGCUGGCCACGAAUGUGAUGCGUCAAGCGAUGCUGUUCCUGCAGAAAAAGGGCAUCGUGACGGCUGACCCGAAGACGCACCACGAGCUGCUGAAGACGAUCUGGUUUACACUGUACUCGCGCGGUAAUGGCAAAAUUGGCAGUUCCGGGUUUGAACAUGUGUUCCUGAACGAAGUCAGCAAUGGUACGAUGAUUGGGCUGCACAAUUGGCUGUACGUGUACGAUAUGGAGAAGGCCGGACGUAUCGAUUAUAAGGGCUGGAACAAGAAGAUGGAGCUGGGCACGAAAGGAGAAAUUGCAAAGGUUCGACUAACGUUCGAUAAUCUACAAAAACCGUCCAAUUCGCUGUUUGUUGGCACAUCACCCGAGCUGGAAUUCGCCCUUUACACCGUAUGCUUCCAGGUGCGACCGGACAAAGAAUGUCCGCUGGCAAUCAAUGGUAAACCGUUUACGAUCAAGACCUUCACGUUCCGGUAUCGAGGCAAAAACUUGAUCGGUGGAGCAUGGCCCAACAUCUAAACGUUACGAGACAUUUAUACCUUUCCGUUUACAUCGAACUGAGUGUGAAAUGGUUCAAGGACAUUACUAAUUUUAUACCUGCAGUACAUACACACACGUGCACGGUAUUGAUCAAGCAUAAUACCUCAUUUUUUAAUGAAAUAAACACUUCCUUUUU